CUCAUCCCGAGCCCACCCGGUCACCACAGUGCACCGGGCCAACCCAUUCCUUUCACAUCGAUGCUGCGCCGCAAGCCCACCCGCAUCGAGCUCCGCUCCUCCGACCGCGACGAGCUCGAAGACCACCUCCGCGCCGCCGCCGCCGCAGCGGCCAGCACCCCCACCGCCUCAUCCACUCCGACCACGACCCCGCCGCCCUCCAACUCCAACCCCCUCCUCCACCUCCUCCACCCGCCGCCUGGCGCCGCGCCCUCCAAGUCCCACCGCAUCGGCCUCCCUACCAAUCCCAAUCCCAACCCCAAACCCUAGCCUCUCCUCUCCCCCCUUCGCCCGCCUUGAUGGAGGUCGAGAUCAAGCUCCGCCUCCCCGACGCCGGCGCGCACCGCCGCCUCUCCUCCUUCCUCGCGCCCCGCCUCCGCCGCACCGACGCCCAGCGCAACCUCUUCUUCGACGCCGCCGCGCGCCCCCUCGCCGCCGCCACCGCCGCGCUCCGCGUCCGCCUCUACGGCCUCGACGACCGCGCCCCCUCCCGCGCCGUCCUCGCGCUCAAGCGCCGCCCGCGCAUCGACGCGGGCGUCAGCCGCGUCGAGGAGGUCGAGGAGCCUCUCGACCCCGCCAUCGCCCUCGCCUGCGUCGACGACCCGGCAAGCCUCGGCGGGGUCGAGUCCCCGAUCAUUCGGCUCGUCUCCGAAGAGUACGGCGUCGGCGGGGACGCCGCGCCGUUCGUCUGCCUCGGCGGGUUCCGGAACACCCGCGCCGUGUACCAGCUGGAGGAGGGCGACACCCUCGGGCUCGUCGUGGAGCUCGACGAGACGCGCUUCGACUUUGGUACGAACUACGAGCUGGAGUGUGAAACGGCGGAGCCCGAGCAGGCCAAGCAGGUCCUCGAGCGGUUGCUCACCGUGGCCGGCGUGCCGUAUGAGUAUUCCCGGAGCAAUAAGUUUGCCUGCUUUAUGGCUGGAAAGCUUCUUCCUUAACUAGGUGAUACUCCAUUGCUGUACUCUUGGUGAUUUUAAGACAUGAUUAUUGUUUCUGAGGCAAUAACAAUGUGUUAAGCAAAAUAUCGUUGUCUCUUGCAAUUUCGCUAUUCCAAUUGUGAGGAAAAUAAGAUUCUGUUAUGUUCAAUUGCGUUUUUCUGAUA